UAAUAGAUACAAUUAAAAUAUUAAUUAAAUAAACAUAAAUUUUGAUUAUAAUACUACUUCACUAAUACUUAGCUAAUUCCAAUUAUUUUUAAAUUUUCAAAAUCCAUAACUGUCCAGAAUCACAAAACAUAAGAGUGAAACCGGGCUAAAUAUGAGUCUUCUGUAUGUUGGAGGUCUUCAAUUGUCUUCUUUCUUCACAGAAAACUUAUAAUCCUCCUCUAUAUGACAUAUUCUUCUUCGUGUAACGAUUGUCUUUGUAAAUGUGUCAUCAGUUAAUCACGUAUUAAAUUACAUAAUAUUGAAUCUUUUUAUUAAAACAUAAUUAUCCUUAUUUCUAUAGAAUAAAGAUAAAAAAAAUAUGAAAAAUUCUAAAUAUUGUAUAAUAUUUUUCAGAAUAUUAAUAAUAAAUAUAAAAAAGCAAUAUAAUAUUUCCAAAUGUUAAAAUUACAUGCACCAUAUACAAACGAUAAAAUAUGUACGUUUACAUCGAAUAACCAAAUAAGUAUCUUUAUAAUAAUAUUUUUACAAUAAAUAUAUCAGCGAUAAUGACUAUCGAGUUGUUUCUUCUUCUCCAUUUAAUAUAUAUUAAAAACUUUCAGAAAAUAUCGUAAAGUGGCAAAUAAUGAUAAUUUGAUAAAAUACGAACACGUGCAAACAAUUGAAAACAAUUUCAAUAGACAACGUAUUAGUCGUAAUUGUCGAUCAAUCUUUGACUCGUAUAGACGAGUCUUUAUUGUUCUGCAUGAUUAUCUUAAUAAAGUUCUACCCCACUGUUCUUUAAUUAGCCUCGCCUUGAUUGUGCGAUAAUAGUAUGUAUGUUCAUCCCAGUCUUCUUCUUCUUCGCGAAAAACCAAUCGAUAUUUGUUCCGUGGUGUCAGUGAAAGAAAUAGACUAUAUAAUAAUAUGAUGUUAAAUAUUAGAGAUAAAGAUAAUCGUUUCAGUUAUUUUUUUUUAAAGUGAUUGUAAAUUUUCAAAAAAUCGUUUUGCAAUUAAUAAAACAAAUUUGAUAGAAGAUUGAUCGUUAAUGUGGUUCUCAAUCUACAUUAUAAAAAUGAAUAAUGUCGAUUGUUGACGAACUAGUGAACUGCAGCAGGUGCAUCACAAGACAAAAAGUGCAUAGACUUCGAAAACUUGCGUAUUAGAAAUGAUUUCAGGUAUUAUAAUAUUUCUGGUAUACAACGCAAAAUAAAAUGGAUCUAAGGGGCCCUCCUGAGGGGGCCCCUAUUAACUCUUUUGAGAUAUCUAUAUCUGACAAUUGGCCUACAGAUUCUCUUUCUAUAUCAAUGUGUGAACAAAAAAAAAUGAAUAAUAAUAAAUUAUUAUUUUUAACUGUGGAAUAUGUGGAAGAUCCAUCACGAGAAUAUUCUCGUUUAUUUCCAACAUAUGAACAAGUUUCAUUUUCUCCUAGAGCUUCAUCUCCACUUUCUGAUUUUAAACAUCGUGUUAGUCCUCUUGAUCCUAAUAUGAGUUCAGCUGCUAGAUAUUCACCUACUCCAGUACAACUUCCACCAUCUCCUUUUCAUAAUUCUGUUGUUGUAUUGCAAGGUUCUUCUUCUUCUUUAAUAUCCUCAUCUGAAUCAAAUGAAAGAAUAAAUAUUAAUUAUGUUUCUCAAUUGACUCAUCCAAUUGAUACACAAAAUGUACAACAAUCUGAUAGUUCUACUGACUUUGUUGCCAACGAAAAUGAGGAGCAAUUGAUGUCUAGUGUUAGUAAUGAAUUGAUUCUUAUGCAAGAAUCUAAUUCUGAAUUAGAAUCAGCUACAGCUCCAUUGAUGCUGACAGGAAUACCAAGUACAGAUUUUACAUUAAGUAGAGAUUUUCUUGUCAUGCAAGAUGAUCAAAUGAAUGUUAUAAAUUCAUUUAAGACACAGAAUAUUGAUGUAGAUGAUUCUACACAUCUUUCAUCAACAGCACAAAAUUCAAAUAAAGAAAAUAAUAUAGAUCCUUUAGCUACAACCAAUGAGCAAGAAAUUAAUGAAAUUUUAAUGUCUACUGAAGACAAAAAAGAUUGUGAAAAAAAACAUGUCAGACGUUCAAAACGUCGUAUAAAUGAUAAAAAAAAUAUUUGUUGUAAUGAAUGUGAUGAUGUAUGUACUGGUGAUAAUUGUACUUCACAUAAUGUAUGUACAAUAGCAGAUCAACCAGUACCAUCACGUGCUAUAGCAACACUGCCAGGAUCAUAUCUUUCUAUAAACAAAUUAUCUAAUUCUGACAUUGUAUUGGGUGGAUCAGAUUAUGGAGUGUUUGCAAAACGUUAUAUACAAAAACGUACUCAAUUUGGACCUAUAGAAGGUAUUUUAUACCCUUAUGAUGGUACACCAUUUAAAAAUGAAUUGCCAUUGCUCUAUGAAACUGAAAAUAAAGAAUUUUUAAAAGUAGAUGUUUCAAAUGAAAAUGCUUCAAACUGGAUGCGAUUUGUUAGACCUGCAUUAACAUAUAAAGAUCAAAAUUUAGUAAUUUGUCAACAACGUGAUGGUAUAGUAUUUUUGACUACAAGAAGUAUUUUACCAAAGGAAGAACUAAAAGCUGGUCCUAGUACUGAUUAUGCAAUUCGUAGAAAUUUGAUACCUUUAAAAUCCAUGCAAGAAAUAAAUGAUGAUAAAGAGCACAAAAGUCAGUUAUCUACUUGGUCACGAUUAGAUGAUACUCAUUCACGGCGUAUGAAAAUAUUUCGUGGUAGAAAUUUAAAAGAGAAAGAAAAUUCGAGACAAAAUAAUCCUAAGGAAUGGAAAUGUUCUGUUUGUGGUUUGAUUUUUAGAAAACCACUUUUACUUAAUUUACAUACUCUCUUACAUGGUCCUGAUAAAAUAAAAACUAAAAUACAAUCUACAAUUUGUCCACAAUGUGGAUUACACUUUCAAAAACAAAAAGAAUUGAUUAAUCAUAUUUCACAACAUGGGAGAUUAUCUUUAAAAAAAGAAAAAAGAUUGACUUCUUUAUCGACAUAUAAGUGUUCAAUGUGCUAUAAACGUUUUGCAACGAAAGUGCGAUUGCAACAACACUGUUUAGUGCAUGGUGCUGAAGACCAAAAACCACUGCCAUGCAAUAUUUGUUUCAAAAGAUUCAUGAAUAAUUCAGCACUCUCUUGUCAUUUAAAAACACACAAAGAAAAUAAACAAGUAUUUGAAUGUCCAAUGUGUCGACAACUAUUUAGUCAAAGUAUAUCAUUAAAAGAUCAUAUUGAAACUCAUAAAAAUGAAGAUGGCACUUUUAGCUGUCCCUACUGCCAAAGAAUAUUUAUUAAAUAUUCGAUUAUUCGUAAACAUAUUAGAGCACAUCAUUGUGAAAGAAAACAUAAAUGUCAAAUUUGUGCAAAACGAUUUGCUACAGUAGAUAAAUUACAAAUGCAUUUACUAAAACAUUCUGAUCAUAGAGAAUUUCACUGUGCAAAUUGUGGUAAACAAUUUAAAAGAAAAGAUAAAUUAAAAGAACAUAUGACUAAAUUACAUAAUUCACAAACAGCUACUGAUGAACAAAUGUCACAAGUAACACAAACUAAAAAGUUUGUUCCAAAGGUAAAUCCUAACGAUUAUAAUCGCUUUAUUUACAAAUGUCAUCAAUGUUUAGUGGGUUUCAAACGAAGGGGAAUGCUUGUCAAUCAUUUAGCAAAACGACAUCCAGAUGUUGCACCAGAAUCUGUACCAGAAUUAAAUUUACCAAUUUUACGUCAAACGAGAGAUUACUAUUGUCAAUAUUGCGAUAAGGUCUAUAAAAGUAGCAGUAAACGAAAAGCACAUAUUAUGAAAAAUCAUCCAGGAGCUGCUUUACCACCAAGUAAUCGACAGAAAGAAUCAGAUUAUUCUGAUUUACCAAAUCCAACAUUUAGUCAAACUGUUGGUAGUAUUACAACUACACCUCAGAGUUGUCAAUGGUGUCAUAAACAAUAUGCUAGUAAGGCAAAACUCUUACAGCAUCAACGAAAAAAGCAUUCUAAUCUAAUGGAACCGGCUGAUCAGAUACCGCGUUCGCGUAAUCGACAGUCACAUAAUCAAAAUCAACCUCCAGUACUUAUUGAAGAUCACUUUGUAUUAUCUGAUUAUAUUCAAGCAUGUGAAACAAAUUCAGAUUUUUUUAAACCGAGAAUAAUCAAAAUAUCUGAUGAUGUUGAUCUAAUAAGCAAUGGAUUAGAGAUAGUUGGGCAACAAUUUGUUCGUAUGCGUGACAUACGUUGAAAAUAUCUGUGACAACCUCAAUGAGAGGUUUUGUUAAUUCAAUGAGAUAUGAAUCUCAUAAGUUUGUGCACAGUAAAGAAAUACUGUGCUUUUUGCUGUUGUUGCCAAAUAAGGGCAUUGAUGUCCAUCAGGAGUAAUUGAUUCUCCACAGAGAAAUAUUUGGAGCACAGCUUGGUUAGCUUCAGUGCGAAACACUGAAUGCUAUUUUGUUGGUUAUAUGGUCGAUAAUGACCAUGGUAAUGGUCAUAAUUUUGAAUAAAUUUGUUGAAACGGAGUAUACAAUAUUUUACAAAUAGUUUGAGCUCCAGGAUGAGAAUUUAAAUAUAAACAUACAAUGAAAAACACAAACAUGGAGAUUUAAGACUUAAACACAAUGGAAAACAUGUUAGUUAUUGCUCAAGGUAUUACAAAUACAGGAGCAAAAACAGGUAGAUCAAGUCCUUUUACUGUCGAUACAUCAUUGACAUAAAAUCUAGUAGUUUCUUUUAAAAUUCUGAAAAGCUUCAAUUCGAUGUGAUUUAAUUAUGGAUGUUAGAGUGGUCGAAUUUAAGCUUCACGUUUAAAGUGAAAUUUAAACAUAGCUUAAAUUUGGAAAAUACGAUGAAUCUUAGAUCAGUGUAAUCUCGUCUAUACUAUGUGAUUUUUUUCAUAGACCUGAUUGUAGUAUCUACAUGUUACAUCUGACUUCGAUGAUAAAACAGUUAUUUGUAGAUUACACAAAAUGUUGUAGUCUUUAACGAAUCGCCCAAUCACUUUUACUCUUUCUCGUAAUUUAUAACUUUCUUGUAUAAUUAAUCAUAUCAAUUCUCAUUUAGAGAAAAAUAUCUGUGUUUUCGGUCUAGAUUUUCGAUAUCAAACGGGUUCUUUUUCACCAAAUCUUUCAGAAUUACUUACUAGUUUCACUAACAGAAUUUAAUGUGAACAAUUUUUGCAUCCAUCAUACUCAUCGAAUUGAAAUAUCUGGUUGAAGUUGAAGGUAUUAAUAGUUACCUAGACAAGAAAACUUUUGUCUUUGUAAUUUUAUAAUGCAUGUAAAAUUGAUAAUGUUUAACAUAUAAUAUGACAUAUUCAUACAUUUUAACAAUUUAACAAUUUAUUCAAUUAAUAAAGUAAUAUUGACAUUUGAAAUUAUAAUUUCCAAUGUAAUUUCUUAUAUCAUAAAUUGGCAAGAAAAUUUAAAAUUGGCAAUUUACAUGCAUUAUAUAUACAUAAUAUUGUGAGAAAACAAAGACAAAAGAAUGCAUGUUCGUUAAUGUUGUUGAGUACAUGAAGAACUGUAUUGUAACGUGACUUAAAUAAAGUUACCCGGUGACUGA